AUGGCAAUGUCGCAAUUAGUUGAAAAAUUAAAGUUCGGUGAAAAGUAUGUUUUAGCUAAUAUUGUAGUUCUGCCAUUAGCCAAACCACCGAAUAGUGAUGAGUGUAAAGUUCCAGCAAGAAACAAAUUCCUGACGAUCGACAUCUGGGAAUCGUUUGUGUAUCGAAAGCUGUACGAUCUGUUCCGCAAACAUAUUGUCGAACAUGAUAAAGAUCCGCUGUACCAGAUAAAUACAGAAUAUCACUUGAUUUUCCAUGAGCGUCCGUACCUACAGAUGAAAUAUGUGUUUCGGGACAAUCACUAUCGCACCAGCUUAAAUAUUCUGUUCAAGGAGAAGCUCACCAAUUUGCACGAUGCUUGUAUCUACGUAGAGAUCAGCGAUCAUGGCCGUGCCAUGUUCGACAAAGUGGAAAAUCUUGGUAAAACUAUACAGCGCUUGUCUAGAGAGAUCGAAAUGUAUAAGCGCGAAAGUGCGAAUGUUGUGACGGAAGCAGCUAAGCCAAAAUAUCCUAGCAACCACUGUGUAGCACCAGAGGUCGAAGAGUACCGGCCAGAACCAGUUAAAAAAAGUACCAGAAAUACAUUUGAAGAAUAUGUUCCCGUUACCCGAAAUGGUGCAUCUCCAGGCAUUAAGCGCACUUACAAGCCAUCGAAAAUAGGUGGUGAUGGUGGUAAACCGGCAGGCUAUGGGGAGCCUGAUCCUUAUACACCGGGGACAGUCGACCUACCGAGUAAGAUAUCGUACACAUCAACAUCUAGCCCACAGAACAAAAUGGACUCGCGAAAACACCUCGUUGCCAGUACAGUUAGGGUCGAAAAAAAUCUAUUCGGGUCAGACGAUGACGAUGAGUACGAUCCGACGUGUUCAGAAAGUCCUGCCGAUCCGCAGACAAAAAACGAUAGCGGAAAAGACAUGUUUGCUGACAGUGAACAACACUCACCAAGGGACGAUGGUGAUCGUAAACCAAAAUCCUCAGAGCCGGGCUAUCAUGCGAAGCGGGAAGUUUUACCACGCAGUAGCAAACAAAAUAAACGCGGUUUGCUAGCUGAAAGUCCGGAAGAGAAGGCACAACGGAAAGCGUCAAAGAAACCCGGAUCGGUAAAAACGGAGGAAGAAAGCCUUAAUAAAGUAAUGCAACUAAAGAAGGUAAUACGCAGAAAAAAAGAUGGCUCAUUAAAGAAGCAAAGUAAAAUAGAGAAAAUUUGCGAGGUUGCUACAGAGAUUAAAAGACUGUCGAAGGUGGAAGUGCUCGAUUGCAUCGACUUGUCGAAGGAAGAAAUUUUAGACACCUUCAGCCAAUACAAACAAGAACUUCAUGGCCUAUAUGUACGGAAUAAGGACUACACAGAGCGUCAGUGGAAAUCGUCCAAUGAGCUGUGUUACUUUACCGAUUUUGGUAACAUUCUGGAUGACGAACAGAAAUUUGCGAUGAUGCAGCAUCUGGAAGAUGAAUUUGUGCCAGAACAUCAACAAGGAAAGUACACCGAAUUUUUUACCUCGGCACUGGUGAUGGAGUGGGGUUUGCGAAUUUUCAUGGAACGACACAAUUUCGUUAGUCGCGAGAUAGCCUUAGAACGUAUCAAACAGCAGGAAAAGUCCUACAUUGCCUCCCUAUCGGACGACUUCAUGUCAAAGUACCAUUAG